AUGCCGCCUCCGAUACGGAUCCUGCAUUUGACUCAUCUCGGAUGGAAUAUAGACUCUGGGGGAUCUUCAAGAGCAGUUAUCGAACGUCUUAAUCCAUACCCUUGCAAGUCCAUAUGCUCUACAUGUGGCAAGGACUUUAGUCGUAUCGGAAACUAUACAAGGCAUCAGAAAACCCAUACCAAAGAAAAAGAGAAAUGCUUUUGUCAGACAUGUGGAAAGGCAUACUCGAACAAGUCUAACCUCGACAGACAUACCAAAAUUAAGCACACCAACCCCUAA